AUGAACUUCCUCCGCGAAAGACUCCCUGCGCCGAGGCAGGACCAGGCAGCCCGCCGAGCUCGCCAGCAAGGUGGUCCGGCCGCUGCAAACGAAACCUACCAGCCCUCUCGCAUUGCCCAGCUGGCCCAAGAGUCGCCGGCAUGGUACAGAUCCGGGGCCCGGAGGAAGUUAUACUUCCUCCUGUUCCCUGCUGCCGUUGUAUCGUACGCCACCAGCGGCUAUGACGGCUCGAUGAUGAACUCGCUCCAGACGGUGUCCUAUUUCGAUGACUUCUUCGACAAUCCUCGCGGUGCUGUGCUUGGCUUGAUGAGCGCCAUUAUGGCUUUGGGCAGCAUCUGUUCAACUCCUAUUGCCCCCUGGGUCGCUGAUAGGUUUGGGCGACGAUGGGGUAUCACGGUGGGGAGUCUGAUCAUGAUUGCCGGAGCCAUCAUCCAGUGCGAGAGCACCGAGUUUGCCAUGUUCGUUGUGAGCAGAUUCAUCUUGGGCUUUGGACUCUCCUUUGCAACGACCUCGGCCCCUAGCUUGGUCAGCGAGUUAUCGCAUCCCAAAGAUCGUGUCACCAUCACGGCCAUCUGCAAUACAUGCUGGUAUCUUGGAAGUAUUGCUGCAGCUUGGAUCACCUUCGGAACUCGCACGAUCCCAAGCACUUGGUCAUGGAGAAUUCCCUCGCUUCUCCAGAUGGCACCAAGCGUUGUCCAACUCUCGGCUGUCUGGUUCCUACCUGAGUCUCCUCGAUGGCUCAUCUCCAAGGACCGCGAUCACGACGCUCUUGAGGCUCUCAAGCGAUAUCACGGCGAAGGGGAAGAGACGGAACUAGUCAGGCUCGAGUACGAGGAGAUCAGGACGGCAAUUGAUAAUGAGAAGAGGCUUGGUGCGACAACUUGGAAGUCAAUGGUCUCUACCAAGGGUAAUCGUUAUCGCAUGUUCCUUGUUAUCUGCAUGGGGUUCUUCUCUCAGUGGUCCGGAAACGGAUUGAUCGCCUAUUAUUUAUCAAGAAUCAUGGACACAGUGGGAAUCAAGGACAAGAACACCCAGGCUCUCGUAAACGGACUCGUCAACAUUUGGAACUUCGGCCUUGCCCUCACGACCGCCUUCUUUGUCGAGAAAGUUGGCCGACGACCACUGUUCCGAAUCUCCACGAUCGGCAUGCUCACAGUCUUCAUCGGCUGGACCAUAGCUUCCGCCCGUUUUGCAGAGACGAACGCGAGCUCCGCCGGCAUCGCCGUCCUCGCUCUCAUCUUUGUGUACCAGAUCUUUUACUGCAUCGCAUUCUCGCCCUUGCCGGUAGCUUACUCCGUCGAAAUCCUGCCGUUCUCCAUCCGUGCAAAGGGCAUGGCCACCUACGUGUUCUCGACCAAGGCUGCUGUGUUUGUGAACCAGUAUGUCAACCCCAUCGGACUGCAGAACAUAGGCUGGCGGUUUUACAUCGUCUAUGUUGUCAUCUUGGCGGUCGAGAGCUUCAUUGCGUACGGAUGGUUCCUCGAGACUAAGGGCAAGGCAUUGGAAGAGAUUGCGGUCAUUUUUGAUGGUGAGCAGGCCAAUGUUCGACUCGACGAGGGGGGGAAGGGAGACGGUCCGGUUGAUGUUGAGGAGAGUGAGCACGCCACAACCAAGGUCUAA